AUGUUUUCGGAAUACGCCUCGCGGUUCCUGGCACAGUCGCAGUCGAGGCUGUCCACCUUUGCCGGCCAAAACGACAACGAGAGCGGCGCUCGGGCGGGCGACGGACCGUCAUCCCGCCCCGGCCGAAGCCCGCGAGAUGCCGGCUUCAGAGGGCCGGCGCCGAAUAGGUCGUUUCUGUCGCGCGCCUACGGGCCGAGCCCUUAUCGACAGAACGGCAGCGGCUCUCGAUUCAGCAACCUCGCCUUCGCGUCCCCGCCGUCGGACGACGCCCCCCUCUUUCACAACACGCUCGACGAGUUCCGGGAGGACGACGAGGAGCGCGAGCGGGAAGCCGCCGACCUCUUCGCCCUGCAGCGGUCACGACGUGUCGCCGCCGCGAGCAAGCUCGCCGAGAGCGCCGAGUCGGUCGACAGUCGGACCUCGUUCGACGACGGCACCGGCGACGACGUCGAGCACGAGCACCGGCACCGCCCGUACAGGCAACCCGGCAUGGACCGGGGCAUCAACAGCAGCUGGCACGGCGCCAGGAGCCCGCGCCGACCUCGCGUCGUGCGCGACGCCUUGCCGGAGGAGGACGAGGGGGUGCCGCCGCCGCCUGUCGGCGAUGGCGGCAACGGCAAGCUCGUCGACGUCGGCUUGAGCUCCCAGGAAGACGGCGACGAGGACCCCCCCGAGUCCUUGCUCGGCGGCGAGGCGCCCACGGACGCGAGCCCCCCGCCGUUUCAGCAGUUCGCGCCGCGUUCCGAACGGAUGCCCUUCAUGGCCCGGAGAUCGUCCGGCAGCGAAUCGGACGUGAGCAGCGUCAGGAGGCAGGACCCGGCAGAGUUUGAGCCGGCCCAAGCCGGGAACCUGCCGCCGACCGACGGCGAGCUCUUCCGGCACGAUCCCUUCUUCGCCUGGAUCUUCCUCAUCAGCUUCGCCGGCAUGAUGUCGACCUUUGUCCUCGUCUGGCUGCACACGUGGCCGCGGAAGAGCCCCGUCGGCGACACCAUCUACACGACGCUGCAGAAGUCGUUCGACAUGCUCGUCGUCGACACCGUCGUCGCCGUCCUGGUCUCCUUCGUCUGGCUCGCCGCCUUGCGUUCCUUCGUCCGGCCGCUGGUCAGCGUCAUCCUCGUCGCCGUCCCCGUCGUCAUGCUCUCCUUCUCCCUCUACUCCUUCGUCUCCUCCUUCAAGGGCCGGACGCAUGGCUCGAGCCUGCAGGACGGCGUCAUGCGAUGCGUCUCCCUCUUCCCCGCCGCCGCCUGCGUCCUCUGGCUCUGGCUCGUCGUCAAGGGACGCAAGGCCAUCCAGCAGGCCAUCGAGAUCCUGCAGUUCUCCUCCAAGAUCCUCGCCCAGAACCCGGGCCUGCUCCUCGUCGGCUUCGGCACCCUCGCCCUCAUCGUCGCUUGGACCUGGGCCUGGCUGGUCAUGUUCACCCGCGUCUUCAUGGGCGGCUACUUCUCCAAGUCGCUCGUCCGCUUCGUCAUCCGCCUGUCGAGCUGGUGGCUCGGCGCCGCCUUCGUCUUCAUGUACCUCUGGACCCUUUCCGUCAUCAACGCCGUCCACCGGGCGACGACGGCCGCGACCGUCUCGCAGUGGUACUUCCAUCGCAACGCCGCCCCCGCCACGCCCUCGAGGGAGAUUGUGCUCGCCGCCCUCACGCACGCGACCUCGACCAUCUUUGGCAGCGUUUGCCAGUCGACCCUGACGUCGCUCCUCGUCCGCGCGCCGCUGCUCUUCAUGCCCCGGAGGGUUGGGUCGGCCGUGACGAACCUGGCGGCCUUCUGGAUACCGACGUCCAUUGUCGCGCUGACGAACCCCCUGACCAUAUCGUACGCCGCCAUCCACUCCCAGAACCUCGCGACCUCGGCGAGGGGGCUCGAGAAGAUGGACGUCGUGUCGCCGACCAUCCCGACGACGACGCUCACGCCGCGGUCCCUGCAAAGCCGCGGCCGGCUGAACGGCCUGCUUCCCUACCGCCUGGCGAAGCUGCUCCUCGUCGCCACCAGGCUCAUCAUGGCCACGGGGCUUGGCUUCGCCGGAUGGGUCAUCACGGCGAAGCAGCUGCGCAUUCAGCUCCCCGACGGCAUGGGCGUCCGAGGCUCCGCGUACGCCUACGUCGUCGGCAUCAUGGCCAGCUUCAUCGGCUACUCCGUCAUGGGCGCCAUGGAGGGAAUUCUCAGCGGCAUCGUCGACGCCGUCCUCGUGUGCUACGGAAGCGAGCAGCGUAUGCAGAGGGGCCACGGCAGGUUCUGCCUCGAGGCGGCCUACCUCUUCGGAGAGCGCAGGAUUGGGGAGGACGGCUUUGCUUGA